CUUACGCCAUGGGAAAAGUAAAAGAUGAUGAUGAAGAAACCCAAUUACAUACCCCAAAAGCAAGCUCUCCAUCUCUUUUUCCCUUUAUGCUACACACACAGAUAUAUUAAAGAAACGGAAAAAUCUAUAUCUCUUUCUUCUUCUUCUUCUUCUCCUCCUCUCUGUUUUUUUGCUUAUCUGAGAUAGAAGGAGCUCCCUAUUUGUAGAGAACGUUGCCGUUUUGGGAUUUUAAAGCUUUGGACUAAUCUCAUUUUCCAGUGAACUGGGAAUCUACUGUUUUUUUCCCUUGCUACUUUCUUGGAACACAAUGAAACCUGUAAUGUAAUGUAAGAAUGGAAGGUACUACUGGAAGGUCCAAAAGUGAAAUGGAAAGUGGUUCAACAAGCAACAACAAUGAACGUCGUAUAGCUUUCAAGGAAGGUUCCUGGUUUGGUCAGUUCAAAAAUGGUUCCAACCCUUGGAUGGCUAGAUAUGUCUAUGGUUUGAUCUUCUUAGCCUCGAAUUUGUUAGCUUGGGCGGUCCGAGAUUACGGCCGCAACGCGUUCCCGGAAAUGGAAAGACUGAAGAACUGUCAAGGCGGCCGGGGGUGUUUAGGUGCCGAAGGUGUCCUUCGAGUGAGCUUAGGAUGUUUUGCAUUUUAUUUCGUAAUGUUCCUUUCAACUGCUGGUACUUCAAGUCUUUACAAUUGCAGAGACACAUGGCAUUCAGGAUGGUGGUCCUUCAAGAUCGGUCUUUGGAUUGCCUUGACGGCAACCGCGUUCUUAGUGCCUACUUUUAUCAUACAGAUAUACGGGGAGAUUGCGCAUUUCGGUGCCGGGGUCUUUCUCUUAGUUCAGCUUGUGAGUGUUAUCAGUUUCAUUACAUGGUUGAAUGAUUGUUGUCAAUCAGACAAAACAGAAGAUAAAUGCCAUAUCCAUGUGAUGUUGCUUGCAACAGCUGCAUAUAUUAUAUGUAUAGUUGGGAUCAUCAUGAUGUAUGUAUGGUAUGCUCCAGAACCGUCUUGUCUACUUAAUAUUUUCUUCAUUACAUGGACACUGGUACUCAUUCAACUCAUGACGAGUGUUUCUCUUCACCCAAAAGUGAACGCGGGUAUCUUAACUCCGGGACUCAUGGGACUUUAUAUAGUAUUCAUCUGUUGGUGUGCGAUUCGAAGUGAACCAGCUGGUGAAAAUUGUAUUAGGAAAGCAGAGGCUUCAAACAGAACAGAUUGGCUUACAAUCAUAGUAAUGUUUCAUUCUUUCGAAAAUGUUUUACGGGCCGAGACACGGUUAAAAAGGAAGCACCUGCCGAAGAUGCGGUACCGUACGGUUACGGUUUCUUCCACUUCGUUUUCGCGACUGGUGCUAUGUAUUUCGCGAUGCUAUUGAUCGGAUGGAAUACUCAUCAUAUUAUUAAAAAAUGGACGAUCGAUGUCGGUUGGACAAGUACUUGGGUGAGGAUAGUGAACGAAUGGCUAGCCGUCAGUGUUUACUGUAAGUACAUAACUCGACUAUUAUCGAUGAGUUUCGGACGAUCCUUAAGGACUUGAUAUUUGUUGCAGUGUGGAUGUUGGUGGCUCCUGUCAUAUUGUUGAGGUGCAGACAAACAAAUGAAUCUGCAUGAAAUGGUGAUCAGUUCCUUUGGAUUCCAUUGUUGCAUAAAAUGGCAACCAUUUGCUGAAGCAUAGUAGGCAAUCGGUUAGAUGGGGAUGUUUAUGGAUCAAAGUGGGGGAAUGGGAAAAUACAAAAUUAUACUCAAAAUUUGUGAAAGCAAAAUGCCUAAAUAAUAUUUGUUAAUACACAUAUUGAAGGAAGAUAUAAACUUCCUUUCAUUUCUUUAGUAAA